UUUUCUUGAGGUACCCCAGAAAAUUGGCAAUACAAUGGGGAAGCUUACACUUAUAGCAGGUUUGGGCUUGGUGCUCUGCCAUGUUGCCUUCUCCAUGGAAAUGGGAUGCUACUUCACCAACUGGUCCCAGUACAGACCUGGAAUUGGAAAGUAUACACCUGCAAAUGUCGACCCUUUCCUUUGUACACACCUUUUCUAUGCUUUUGCAAUGAUCAACCAGGCCAACGAGCUUAUCACAUAUGAGUGGAACGAUGAGACUCUCUACAAAGCCUUCAAUGAACUCAAGAACAGAAAUCCUACUCUUAAGACUCUCUUGGCUGUUGGUGGAUGGAACUUUGGUUCAUCACAGUUCUCCAUCAUGGUGUCCAAUGCAGCAAACCGUCAGAAGUUCAUUCAGUCUUCCAUCAUAUUCCUGAGGACUUAUGGGUUUGAUGGUAUGGACUUGGACUGGGAAUACCCUGGAUCAAGAGGAAGUCCGCCUGAGGACAAACAAAGAUUCACACUGCUGUGCAAGGAACUCGUUGAGGCCUAUGAGGCCGAGGCCAAAGCUACUGGCAGACCCAAACUGAUGCUGUCUGCUGCUGUAUCAGCUGGUCAAGGCACAAUUGAUGCUGGAUAUGAGAUUGCUGAGGUUGCCAAAUAUCUAGACUUCAUCAAUGUGAUGACUUACGACUUCCAUGGAACUUGGGAAAGAUUCACAGGACACAACAGCCCUCUGUACCAAGGCUCAAAGGACGAGGGAGACCUGGCCUACUUCAAUACCGAUUAUGCUAUGCGCUAUUGGAGGGACAACGGUACCCCUGUGGAGAAACUCAGAAUGGGUUUCGCAACAUACGGCCGCACAUUCCGUCUGACAUCUGCAGAUACUGAGGUUGGAGCCCCAGCUAGUGGACCUGCUUCAGCUGGAACCUACACUCGCGAGGCUGGAUUCUGGUCUUACUAUGAGAUCUGUGGCUUCCUAGAGGGAACAACAAUCCAGUGGAUUGAGGAUCAGAAGGUGCCCUAUGCCACAAAGAACAGCGAGUGGGUUGGAUUUGACACCAAGGAGAGUUUCGAAACUAAGGUCCGUUAUCUAAAAGACAAGAAAUUUGGUGGAGCCUUCGUGUGGGCGCUUGAUCUGGAUGACUUUGCUGGACAGUUCUGUAAUCAGGGGAACCAUCCUCUCAUGGGGCAUCUGCGCAAUCUUCUGGAUAUUGAACUGCCUCCUAUGCCUUCAACCACCACCCUUAAACCUGGACAAACAACCACAAAAACCACCACAACUACCACCACCACCACUCAUGCUCCAGGACCAGGAUUCUGUAACGGGAAGCCAGAUGGACUCUAUCCUCACCCUGAAGAUCCCAACAAAUAUUAUAACUGUGCUGGAGGCAAUACCUUCUUGGACCGCUGUGCAGUAGGCACCGUGUUUGAUGACAGCUGUAAGUGCUGUGUUUGGCCCAAGCAUCACUAGAACCUUCUGAAAAACAUCUGCAAAUUGUGAAACAGGACACUGCACAUUUGCAUAAGCACAUAAAUGACAAUAAACAUCAACUGUUUCAUGUAAUGGAUCAUUAGUGUAAACUGAACAUAUUUCUUAUCUGUGUUAUUUCUUCAUUCCAUCUGGGUGUAGUUUAUAAGUCCAAGUACCUCUUUUUAAAUUACUCCUUUGUAUAUCUGGUUAUUGUUCAUUUUGUCCUGGCUUAGAAUAAAUGAAUAAACUGACUUGUCAUUUGAGGAGAACUCUA